CUCUCGACAUUCCGCAAAACAAUCAGUUUUGCUUUUCUGACAGAAUCAGCUUAAGUUAAUCAGUUUUGCUUAAAUUCGUGUUAAGAGGUUUAAUAUUUUAAUUUCAGUCUGUUUGUGAAUCUUUAAGGGCUGUUUGAAAAAUGUACUCCGUAAAUCGAGCAGUUGCUUCUCAGUCCCUAAAAGCAGUGUGUGCAGCAAGAUUCGCCCCUUCUAACACCCCGGGACGACAUGGUGCUGCAUCCGAUCAAUCGAAGCAGAGGCACGGUAGUCAGAACACAAUCAAUGAGCCUGGGCGUCCUCCCCUGCCUGCCCAAAGCUCUUCUUCCGUUAGUCAAAGUUGUCCAGAGAAACUGCCUCAAGAGCAACACAGGACGAUUGAAACAGGCCGCGAAUCACAGUCGCGGAAACUGGCCCAGACAGGUGUCAUCUACGAGAUGCAAUCACAUACUGUGAGGCCGGACCAGCGGACGGAAUACAUAAACACUCACUGUGGGGAGGUUGUGAAGGCGGCUCUGAAGAACCAAAAAGUCAAGAGCAAUCUAGUCGGAAGCUGGAUGGUCGAGGCUUCGAUGACUGGUGGAAAGUUCCUCUCUUGUCCGGUUUCGCCACUGCAGAUAAGUGCAAGGUACUUGCACAAGCUGCCAACCUCAAAGGGAGUCACCCGCCCGUCCAACGGAACGUGCGAAUUGUGCAAUGCCGACUACGCACACCUGAUGGAUCUCUUCAAGUUUUUCGACAACGCAAAGGAGGAAGAAAUUAGAUUCGAAGCGAAAUUGUACGAGUUUCUAAUGUUGCUGCUGCAGUUCACUGUGCCCAAAGGACUUCACGAUACGCCCCAAGGCGUAAUAUCCUCUGCGGCGAAGAACAAGAGGAAAAUUCCGGAUAGCUUGAUCGAAAUGGCGGCCAAAGAAGGGCCAGUUCCUCCGAACCUGGAAAAGGAGCGUUUCAUCCUAAUGUGUUGUGAAGUGAAAUUUAAGAAAUACGAUCAAGAAAAAGCUGCUUCGCAGCUCUUGGAGCAACUGGAUGAGUGCUUCAAGUCCGGGCGUGCGUCACCAGUAGGUGUAUACGGAUUUGCCAUGUGGAAUCUGCACGGAAAACUCUUCUUUAAAGAAAGUCUGAAGGCUCCUGCUAAGGAAAUUACAAUUUGGAAACAUAUCAUUGACAGCAACAUCCCCAGUGUCAUAAACGCAGUAUUGAAGGAGGUGCGUCGGCUGACGAUUGAGCACUUAGAAGCGCAGUACAGGCAGCCGGCAGGGGCUAAAAUGUUGCAGGCCAGUAAUGGAAAGGGCGCUUCUAAAGGUUGAGGAUAUAACGAUUGCCCCCCGUGGCGAAGUCCCUUUUUUACAAUUUGGAUUUUGUUGUAAGCU